AUACAUAUAAAAGGAAAAUUAUUUUUAUACUGUAUCGACGGCCUAAGUGAAAGCUCUCAAUCCUUAAAUUUCCAAACCAAGUACGAUCGGUUUUGUUUUGCUUUCUCCGACAUGAAUCCGACAACGUCCGGCGACAGAUCAGAGAUAUGCUUCUUCGAUUUGGAAACCACCAUACCACGACGGCGCGGCCAAGGCUUUUCCAUUCUCGAGUUCGGAGCCAUUUUAGUUUGCCCGAAAAGGCUGGUGGAGCUCAAGAGCUUUGCCUCCCUUGUCCGACCCGACGAGCUCUCUUCCAUUUCCCUCGAGUCCGUUCGCUGUAACGGUAUCACCCGAGAUGCCGUUGCCGAGGCACCUUCCUUUUCCGAUAUCGCCGAAGAAGUUUACGGUUUCCUCCACGGAAGCGUGUGGGCGGGGCAUAAUAUAGUGAAGUUUGACUGCGUGAGAAUAAGGGAAGCUUUCGAGAAGAUUGGUAGGCCGGCGCCGGAACCUAAGGGGAUUAUUGAUUCACUGGCGUUGUUGACUAAAAAAUUUGGCAGGAGAGCCGGUGACAUGAAGAUGGAAACCCUUGCAAACUAUUUUGGGCUUGGAAAACAGACACAUAGGAGCUUGGAUGAUGUUCGCAUGAACCUUGAAGUUCUCAAGUACUGUGCAACGGUUUUGUUCCUGGAGUCAAGCCUUCCAGAUAUAUUCACAGCAGAUUGUGCAGUUUCCCCAGGACCUACGACAAGUACUAGUAGCAAGUUAUAUUCUGAGUCGCCUAUCCUUGACAUAUACACCCUUUCUCCAAGUUCGCCUUCUAAAAGUGUUCCUUGUAUAUCUCUGAUGGAUCUUGAAAAUGGUGAAGACCAUCCUAUAGUCUCUCUUCAAACUUGUCACACUGUUGAGGUUAAUUCAGAUGCGACUACUCCAGCUCAAUCUGAUCCUUUUGACAUGACUCAACUCAAAAACGAAAUAAAAACCGAGGCCCUUAAAUUGGAUGCCAUCGCCAAAGAAAAACCUGAGCCACAGUCUCCCGAUAUUUCCCCAGCAAGGGCUACUGUUGAAGGUUGUAGUGGAUAUGCAGGAUUCCUAGAGCUGGAUGAAGUUUCUACAACUUCCAUCAGUGUAUCUAUAAACUCGCAUUGUCGCGGCACUCACCGAAUAAAAUUGUUACACAGAAAUGUUGCUUUGCAGCUCUGUUGUCCUCGUUUACGAGUGAGAUUUGGAAUCAAUCCAAAAUUUGUCAAUCAGGCAGGUUGGCCACGUUUGAGUUUUCUGGUUGAUGCUACUCCGAUUUUUUGUGAGAUCCUUGAUUCUUGCGAUGCUGUGGCGAAGAAAUUUUCCGAGGAUCAUGGAAGCAGUUCUGAGUGGAGGCAUGUCGUGAUCCGAAAUUAUAGUUAUGUCAACAACCCAACUGUCCGACUGCACAUUCCUACCAUUGUCAACGGUGAUACUGCUCAAUAUGGCACGGAGAUACAUCGAAAAGACCAGUCCGGUAAUGUGCAACAGUACAUAUUUGACAAAUUCGAUGUUACCAAACUCAGUAACUUAUUGAGAACCGGAAUCUCCCUGGACGCAUUCUUCAGCUUGGAUACUUAUGAUUAUCAACAAAGUGCCGGUAUUCGUUUAGUGGCAAAAAAGUUGGUUAUACAUCCUAGUCAGUAGAAUUUAAUUGUUGAAUAGGUGAUUUAGUCCAUUUUUAGAAUUUUUUUUCUCAAUGUAAUUUACAGCAAUGUCUAAAGUUUAAGCUUGAUCCAUGUAUAUGAAUUGAUUUCUCAAAUUCACACCCUAAGAUGAAUACACCCAUACUUCGUAUUGAUGUUA